AUGUCAGACUCUGCCAUCGCCGCCCUCAAUUCCCUCCUUCGUGGGACGAGCAUCGACGACCAUGAGGAAGCUCUGAAGCUCGCCAAUUCCGCCAUCAAAGCCGCCAAGGGCAACCCGGCCGACCUGACCACCGCCCGGCACACCCGCGUUGUUGCGCUCGUCAAACUCGAUCGCUUCGACGAUGCUCUCCGUGCCAUUGCCGAAGGAGGCGCCGCCCUCGACAAGACCUGCGUCAUGGAGAAGGCGUAUGCGCUCUACAAGACCGGCGAGCUUGAGGCUGCCGAGCAGUUGCUGGAGACCACCGGAAUCAAUACCCGCGGUAUGAAGCACCUUGCCGCCCAGGUCGCCUACCGUGCCGAGAAGUUCGACAAGGCUGCCGAGCUGUAUCAGGAAAUGGCCGAGAACGUAGAGGAUGCCAUGUACGGCGAGGAGAACGACUUGCGCAUCAAUAUUCUGGCGACUUACUCGCAACUAGAGAUGCAGGGCAAAGGCUGGGCCGUAUCGGAGGAACACAAGAAGCUCAGUAGGGAUGAGCUCGAGGUCUUUGAGACGGCAUACAACGCUGCUUGCGGCAGCAUAGCCCAGGGCGACUUCGCCAAGGCUGCUUUUCUGUUCAAGCGUGCCAGGGAUCUGUGCGAAGCUUCAGAAGAUUUGAGCGAGGAGGACAAGAAGGCAGAACUGGCGCCCAUCAUCGUACAGCAAGCCUACGUUGCUACGAAGCUUGGUAACCUGGAAGAGGCUGCGAGGUUCCAUGAGGAAGUUGUACUCUCUGAUAUCUCGGACGCAUCAACCAGAGCCAUUGCCCAAAGCAAUGCGCUGAUCCUCAAGUCCGAGAGCAACCCAUACAUGGCUCAACGGCUCGCCGACACCCUCCCAGUAGUAACCGGGAACGACCGUUUGUUCGAGGAGCAGGCUACCAUUUUCCGCCGCAACAAGUACAUCAUUGAGCUCCAAGCGCAAAAGUUCGCUGGCGUCAAGAGCAAGACCGCCAAGAUCUUGUCCAAGGAGGCCGAACCCACCAUUUCGUCCAGCAAGUGCGACCUAGGCGCCCUCAACGCCGCAGCUGCUUCCGAGCUUCAAACUGGCAAGACAGCUCUCCGCCGCAUCCUCCCUCUGCUCGAGACCAGGCCCACCGACGUCGGCCUCCUCCUGACCGUCAUCCAACUCUACAUUCAACUCCAAAACCCCGCUCAGGCGCUCAACCUCCUCGAAGCCUUCUUCAAGCGCCUCGAGGCCGCCACAGCAUCCGAAAACAACGCCGAUGUGCGCUUCGCCCCCGGCCUCGUCGCCCUCGCCGUUGCACUCUACCGUCAACAAGGCCGUCACUCCGCCGUCCGGUCCGAACUUGCCAAGGCCGCCUCGCAUUGGCAAUCCAAGCAAAAAGCCGCCAGCAGCGGCGACUCUCUCCUGCGCGAAGCCGGCAUCGAGCUGCUCCGCUCCACGCACCCCUCCGACUUGAGCACCGCUGGCGAGGCCUUCACGCACCUGGUAGCCGCCCAGCCCGACGACCGUACCGCUACAGCGGGUCUAAUCGCCAGCUUCGCCACCAGCGACUUCGCCAAGGUGCAGCCCUACCUCGGCGCUCUCUCGCCCGUCGAGAAGCUCACAGCCGGCGUGGAUGUUUCCGCCCUUCUUGACGCCGGAGUCGCCGCUCUCCCCGUCGUUAGCCACCAACAACAACAAGGCAAGAAGCGCGCCCGCGAGGACGACGGCGAGACUACGGGCGAACAGCAGAAACAACAACAGCAAGCCGCGAAAAAGCAGCGCAGAAAGAGGAAACUGCCGAAGAACUAUGACCCCGCCAAACAGCCCGACCCGGAGCGGUGGCUGCCGUUGCGCGACCGCAGCAGCUACCGGCCCAAGGGCCGGAAGGGUAAAAAGCGGGCGCAGGAGGCGACGCAGGGCGGCUAUGUCAAGGGCGAUGAGGAGACGCUGGAGCUCGCCGGCGGUGCUGGGUCCUUGAAAGUGGAGAAGGCGAACCCGGCUGGUAGCGGUGGUGGAGGUGGCGGAGGGGGUGGUGCGAAGAAGAAGAAGAAGGGGAAGAAAUGAAAGAAUUGUGGUGUCUAGGUGUAUGAGGGGGAUAUCAAAAGGGGGCGUAUUGAAAUUUGAUGUUUAAAUUAAGACACAUACUAGAGUGUAUAAUACAGACUAAGAUUUGAUGAUUGAUGGUUUCG